CCGCAGUACUGCCUCGCUCAGAAAUUGCAGUGCCACGACACGACAGACACUUCCGCACUUGCGCCGUUCGCCCUCUCCUGCGCGGACGGCUACACCGCGCCGGUCGACGUCGCUCCGGCCCGCCCCCGCCUCCCUCCUCCUCCUUCUUCAGCGUCGAUCCUCAUCCGGCCUCGCCCACCGGCGGUCCUCCCCGCCCUGUCUCUCGCCGUCCUUCCCCGUCCCACGACUGCCUCAUUCGCCCGGUCGCGUCGGGCGCCCCCCAGCUGCUCGUCGAAACGCCGCAGAGGCGUUCGACCCCCUCCGAGCGUGCUAGGCGCGUCCCCGGCUGCUCCCGCGGCGGCGAAGGCGGCGGACCGGAUCCCCAUGGCGCAGGCCAAGCGGUACGUGUUGCGGCUCUUCAUCUCGCUCAAGUACGUGACGGCCAACGUGGUGGACCGGCAGAGCGGCCGCGUCGUGGUCACCGCCUCCACCGUCGAGAAGCCCCUCCGGGACGGGCUGGAGUGCGGCCGCGCCUGCAACGCCAAGGCGGCCACCGCCGUCGGCGAGGUGCUCGCCAUGCGCCUCCGGGUGGACGGCCUGGCGCACGAGCCCAUCCACGCCGACGCCGUCAAGGAGGUCGAGAAGAAGGGCUUCAAGAACCGCACCAAGGUCUGGGCCAUCCUCAACGCGCUCCGCAGCCACGGCGUCAACCUCCACGUCGACGACGACGGCGACCAUAUGCGGCAUGUCUGACGAGCAUCAGUGCGUUCCUUCUUCUAAAUGUAAGGGUGUGUUUGGUUGAGGAACCAAAUGGAACGGAAUGGAAUGGUUCCAUUCCACAGGAACGGGUCCAUUCUAUUUCUGUGUUUGGUACGAACAAAAAAGUGGAAUGGGUUGGUUCCGUUCUCGUGUUUGGUUAGCGAGAUGGAACAGAAAAUGGAACCACAUAAAAUUCAAAAA